GGUUGCGAUCCGCCAUUAAAGCCCCAAAGAAGAAGACAACAUGGCGGCCUUGAGGAAGGUUGUGUGCAGCUCGUGGUGUCGGGGUCGGUUCCCCUCCGGCAGGCCCUCCAGACCCUUCAGCUCAGCCGGCGGCAGCGACCAGUCCGCCGCGGACAGACCCCGAUCCGGCUUCGCUGCGGCCUUCGACCUGCAGGCGGAGAUCCGGCGGGAGGCGGAGAGCUCCGCGGCCGGCGGCAGCGCCUCCUCCUCCGGACGCGAGCAGAGCUUCGCCUCGCUGCUGCGCCGGUCCUCGCUGGUCCAGAUGGGGCCGGCUAAAGACAAGGUGGUGGUCGGGAAGGUCGUCCACGUGGUCCAGGACGACCUGUACGUGGACUUCGGGGGGAAGUUCCACUGCGUGUGCCCGCGGCCGGCCGACGGAGAGCCGCUGCAGCGGGGCAGCAGGGUCCGGCUGCGGCUGCACGACCUGGAGCUCACGGCCCGCUUCCUGGGAGCCGAGGCCGACACCACGCUGCUGGAGGCCCGGGCCGCGCUGCUGGGCCCGCUGGAGGCCCGCGGGGGCCGCGGGGACCAGGCCUGAGGGGCCACUGCAGACCCUGGUGCUCCGAGACACUACCGCUCCGGUCCACACGGGGCGCCAGAGCGCCCUGAAGGGGGCUCGUUUGGACUCGUGUGAACUCUUCAUGUGGUUCUAGUAAAUGUUCUCUGCGUGGACCCGCUGAGCUCGUCCUCACUCAUUAAACAUGCGCGUGCA